GCGAAAAUGGCAUCGAACCCUUUCCUCAUACCAGAUUUCAAAAAUAUUUUGAACUGAGGGACAAAGAAAAAGAAGAAAGACUAAAGAGGGGCAAAGAGCUAACGAAUUUAAGCGUUUAUGAAAAGAUUCAGUCUAACAAAAAAGUCAAGUCAAGGAGGUCAGUUCUUCUAGAAUUGUAUUCCGAGGGUGGAAUAAGUACUCCAGAUGCCGGUAACACUGCUUUCAUCUUGCAGAAAACAAAAAGGCAGUUCACUGAUAGGGAAACACGAGACCAGUUAUUGCUCAUAGAAGAGAAAUGUUUUUUCUUGAAUACUCCAUCGCAAUUCGACGUGCAGAGCUGAAAAGAUUGAUGGAUUUGGCAUCUCAUGAAGAUAAGAAACUAGAACUUGCUGAACAGUGUUUGGAACAAGACGCCGCACUUUUCGAUGAGUUUUUGAAAGAAAAUGACAAAAGUUCUGUUGAAGCGAUCGCCAACUCCGAACAAGAAGCUCGCAAACGUGCUAUGAUGGCUGACAAAAUCAAACAGCUAACAAUACAGAAGUCACAAAUCAAUGCGGAAACUACUCGAUUAAAAGAAACUGUAAAGGAUUAUAAAUAUUUCAAAGAAUUUAUUGAACGUUUAAUUCCAGAACCGUACAGUACACAACGAAAAACUGCUAGACAAAAUAAAAAGCAACUGAAAUAUGAACAGAAGUUACAACUUGAAGAUUUAACUUCAAAACCAUCAUCACUUGCUUCAAACGAAUAUUCGUUUCGAAGACCAUCCUUUGUUAUAACUAAGAGAUCAUCAUUAAAGCCUACAAUAAACACGUAA